AUGGCAUUUUGGCUUAGUUUGAUAUUUUGUUUUCUCACGUUUGCUUCCUCAACGCCACCAGACGAUCCGGUCAAGUGUAAGUCCGGAAACACAGUGUGCACGGUGACUAACUCGUACGGAGCCUUUCCCGACCGUUCUAUAUGUGAAGCCGGGAAGGUGGAGUACCCGAAGACCGAGGCUGAGCUUGUUUCCGUUGUGGCUGCAGCCAUUAGAGCCGGCCAAAAAAUGCGUGUGGUGACUCGGUACUCUCACAGCAUUCCCAAGCUGGUUUGCACUGACGGAAAAGACGGGAUUCUCAUCAGCACCAAGUUACUAAACCACGUGGUACGAACCGAUCCGGAAGCCAAGACUUUGACGGUUGAGAGCGACGUGACGCUAAGGCAGCUGAUCGGUGAAGCGGCUAAGUUGGAGCUGGCUUUGCCAUACGCACCGUAUUGGUGGGGACUUACGGUUGGAGGAUUGAUGGGGACAGGUGCUCAUGGUAGUUCUUUGUGGGGUAAAGGAAGUGCGGUUCAUGAUUACGUGGCGGAGAUAAGAAUGGUGAGUCCUGGUUCGGUUUCUGAUGGGUAUGUGAAGGUUCAUGUUCUUAGUGAGACUAUGAAUCCUGAAGAAUUUAACGCAGCCAAAGUUUUUCUAGGCGUUCUUGGUGUUAUUUCUCAGAGAUCCUUAACGUAUGUUAUGAGAAACGAUUCGGAUUUUGAAGAUCAAGCCGUGACUUUUGGGGAAAAACACGAGUUUGCGGAUUUCUUAUGGUUACCGAGCCAAGGCAAAGUGGUGUAUCGAAUGGACGACCGAGUUCCAGUCAACACUUCCGGCAAUGGCUUGUUCGAUUUCAUCCCAUUCCGUCCACAACUCUUUGUGGCGUUAGCCAUCAUCAGAUCCUUAGAGGAGAGUGAAGAGUCAUCCGGAAAUGCAAUCAAGAAGUGUGCGAGAGCAGAGCAAAUAUCGUCGUUUCUGUUUUCAAUCUCUUACGGUUUAACUAACAAUGGCAUGAUAUUCACAGGCUAUCCGGUCAUCGGAAAGCAAAACCGUAUGAUGUCGUCCGGUACAUGUCUAGACAGUUAUCGGGACGGAUUGGUCACGUCUUGUCCGUGGGAUCCACGGAUAAAGGGCCAGUUCUUUCAUCAAACAACAUUCAGUGUUCCUCUCGCGAGUGUCAAAUGUUUCAUCAGCGACAUUAAAGAACUUGUGAAGAUUGAACCGAAAUCUCUCUGCGUCCUUGAACGCAGCAACGGUAUUCUCAUGCGCUAUGUCACUUCCUCAACUGCUUAUCUCGGGAAAGAGGAAAAGGCUCUAGACUUUGACCUAACUUACUACCGAAGCAAAGAGCCCUUGACACCGCGUCUAUACGAGGAUUUCAUAGAAGAGAUCGAGCAAAUGGUGAUAUUGAAAUACAAUGCGUUGCCACAUUGA